UGACACUGCACUUACAUCUUUCAACACUACUCCAGCAAUACCCACUCAUCUCAUAGCUAUUGUACUAUGUGAAUUGCCCUGCAUUAAUUGGCGAGACGGGCAGCAAUCGACAAGUGACCAAAGUUUUGCAAGACGCGUUGUUACAACUUUUACGUCUUAUUUCGAGACUAACAAUAAGUGGAAAGAAUUGCAGAACUUUUCAAAUGUGCAAUACGUCGGGAUUCCAGGUUUACUAGAUGACGGUAUGGCAAAGUGGGCGCUCGUUUUUUACAGAGAUGAAGAUAUUAUCUAUAAUAAAGAAUUAGAUCCUAUUGCGCAAAAAUUGAAAGUGGAGUCUUUAAUAGGACGUAAAAUAUCACGUCAAUGGUUGAGUACUGUAGUCAGCCCAUCAAGUUGGUCUUAUAUGUGGCUGAACGAAGGUAUUGCUACAUUUUUCUAUGUAACGGAUGUUGUUAAGGAGACGAUUGGUUCUAACUACUCGGAUUUAUUUACAAUCCAAACUAUGCAAGAAUCUCUCCAUUUGGACGUUCUAUCCAUUAUGAGUCCUCUUAUAUCAGAAACUGAUCAAUUUUCUGAUAUUAAUUCAUUCUGCUCUAUUCCCUAUUACAUAAAAGGUAAGUAUUCAAAUAGUUAA